UAUUAACAUUUUUUUAAUAACUUUGGCGUAAACGCUGCUUAAGUACCUUGCUGUAUCAUAUUAUAAUAUUUUUAUUACAAUAAUUAUCUUUGUUAUUGUAUGGUUUGUUUGUUUUUAAUCAAAAUCAUAUCACUUGCUUUAAAUUGCAAUGUUGAUGAAAUCAAAAUUUUUGUUGUUUCUAUAGUAAUAUAAACCUCGGUAAACAAACACACAGAAAAUGAACCUAUAAAAAUGUUUUUUCACAAAAUGAACUAAAUUUAUAAAUAAAGACUUUAAUUAGGUUUGAUUAGUCAGAGUGAGAUAAAAGGUUAAAAUGGAACCAAAAUAUUCCAGAAGGUCUCGAAGUGUUAGUAGAAAUUCUAUGAAGGAAAGACACUAUGAUUUUCAUCAACAAACCAAUCUAGAUACAGGUUUCAUGAACCAACACUCAAAUACUGGCAAUACUAAAGCAAAGCAAUACUGUUGUGAGUACAAGAAAGUAUGGAAACCAGAGUUCAGCUCUAGUUUUUUUUCAAUGGACGAAUAUGAUUCAAGAUUCAACUCUAACGAAGCUUGUGAUAACCCAGCACUCUCCGAUGACGAAAAAGAACAAAAAAGAACAUCUAGAGUAAAAUUUGCAAAUCCUUUAGUGAGGAGACAUAGCUCACUUUCAAGACUGGAUAGUGGAGAAAAUAUUGAAGAAACGUCGAAAUCAUCAGGCUACAACGUCACUGAUAUCGAUAAAAUUCGUAGCAUACAUCCUGGAGCAGAAAAUUCCAUGACAUCUUCUGCUGGAAGACUCCAUGGCUCAAAAAACAAUGUGAAUAGGUAUUUCAGGAAUAUUGAAAAAUGUGGAAAAAAGACAAUAGAUUCUUUAUCAAAUCUCUCAGAAGUUCAAAAGAACUUCGAGAAUGUUAUGCUGAAGAAAGUGAAGCGAUGUAUGCCUGAAUUGGCAACUCGGGAGAUAAAAGAACAUUUUUUCAGAUCUAAAAAACCUCCCGAAUUUAAUUUCAAACCUGAAUAUACUGAGGAACCAGACUUUAGUACUGAAAAAUUGGAAAGCAAUCAAACCAAUGACGGUGACUCCAAUUUGAUGGAUAAUACUAAAAAAGAUACAAUUAUUUACUCAUAUAGAGAAAUAAUUUCCAGUGAAGUUCCAUGCUCUAAAUAUAUUGAACAAGAAUCCACAGAAAGAACAUUGCAGACGGGAACCACCUUUGAUGACGAUAUUGCUGAAGUAGACGAGAAAAUGGAGCGAAUUUUGAAAGCGAGCUCAAAAGUUCUUGAAAGUCUCAAUUGGAAAAACUGAUUAUUAGGAAAUUAUGUAUUUAUUCUAUAUUGAUCUAUAUUGAAAGCUUUUAAAAUGUCAAUAAACAAAGCUGUUCGAAUGAUUCUAUUCCCCUGGAUAUUAGUUUAUUUUUGAACUCCGUCAAGUUGAUUAUGUAUCAAUAGGCUAUAAUAUUAUAAACUACUCAUAGGCUAGAUAUUCAUCCAAAUAAAUUUGAAAAUACAAGCAUUUGAUAGUUGUGUGGAAUAGAAACAUUCAACAUUGUCUGGAAUGUUUU